AUAAAAAAUCCUAGAUCCGCCACUGUAGCUGCACCAGAUUGUGUGUGCGUGUCAGCACCACGGAUAGUUCCACCACGCCGAGCUCGGGUUGACGCUUUCCGUCCGACCACCCAGGAGGAGGCGCGCUGUGACAGAGGAGGAGGACCCUCACACCUGGAACCUGAAGAACCCUGGGACUCCCACCGAUCAGACCUGUGGAGGCAGURACUUGUGACAGACUCGGACAACUGAGAGUCAGGACGAGUGACGAGGAGAAAAAGACUUUUUUUAAUCUUAAACGGCUGAAAGUGACGAACCGCCGGCGGUUCGGACAGUCCCGGGCGCUUUGGUGAGUGUCACAUCGGGUCUUCUAUGUUCCAGAUGUCUACAUUUUCACACAGAUUUCACACACACACUCAGACACACACACUCAGACACACACACAGUUGAUGGUCGGGUCCAGUCAGCACAUUUCUGAUGACUGAUCACGGAGAUGUUUUCAGGACAAGGAAAGAAUCCUUUGUGCUGUGAUGGAUCCUGAGCUCAGAACAUGUUGCUCUGAGCUCCAACUUACAGAACAUGAAGAGGCUGACUUUGAGGAUCUUUUAAAUAAAACCAGGCUCAGACAGGUUGAAGGAGCAAACAGRAGACGUGUGGACCCUCUCCACCCUGUGUAGCGCAGGAGCAGAGCUGUGGAGCAGCCUGUUGAUGGCGUGGCGCACAGCCAGGGUUCGGUUUGUGCAGAUCUGGCGCAGAGUUCCAGGUCCGGGCGACCCAACAGCCUGCUCUCUCUCUCCGUGAGCCAGGAUCUUUGUCACAAGGCCAGGGUCCAGCGUGCCCCCCCGGAGCGCACCCUGUCGAGCCCCCGCCUCCGCACGCUGCCCACGCAGCUCCCCGCACGCCUGCUGCGCCUCCGCGGGGACUCCAGGGGGGACAUGAAGCCCGCGGCCGCCGCCUCCUGUUGGUCAUGAAGCGGCAGAACGCGCGGACCCUGUCACUGAUCGCCUGCACGUUCACGUACCUUCUGGUGGGGGCGGCGGUGUUUGACGCGCUGGAGUCCGAGUUCGAGAUGCGGGAGAAGGAGCAGCUGGAGGCGGAGGAGAGGCGGCUGCAGGGGAAGUACAACAUCAGCGACGAGGACUACCGUCAGCUGGAGACCCUCAUCCUGGAGGCCGAGCCGCACAGGGCCGGGGUCCAGUGGAAGUUCGCCGGAGCCUUUUACUUCGCCAUCACGGUCAUUACUACCAUAGGUUAUGGCCACGCAGCACCAGGGACAGACGCAGGGAAGGCUUUCUGUAUGUUUUAUGCUGUCCUGGGGAUCCCUCUAACACUUGUCAUGUUCCAGAGUCUGGGUGAGAGGAUGAACACGUUCGUCAAGUGCCUCCUAAAACGUAUCAAGAAGUGCUGCGGCAUGAGCAUCACAGACGUGUCCAUGGAAAACAUGGUGACGGUGGGAUUCUUCUCCUGUAUUGGCACGUUGUGUAUCGGUGCUGCUGCCUUUUCCCAUUACGAGGACUGGAGCUUCUUCCAGUCGUACUACUACUGCUUCAUCACCUUAACAACCAUAGGCUUUGGGGAUUUUGUGGCCCUUCAGAAGAACCGGGCCCUUCAGAAGAAGCCCUUGUACGUGGCCUUUAGCUUCAUGUACAUCCUGGUGGGUCUGACGGUCAUUGGGGCUUUUCUGAACCUGGUGGUCCUCCGCUUCCUGACGAUGAACAGUGAAGACGAGCGACGGGACGCAGAAGAACGGGCCUCGCUCGCUGGCAAUCGUAGCAGCAUGAUGAUCCACAUCCAAGACAAAGCUGUGCAGCGGGGCCGACAGCGACGUGAGGUGUACGGCAUGGAGGUGAAUGAUUUACAGUCGGUGUGCUCAUGCAUACGCUACCACUUGCAUGACUACGGCACUACUGGAGGAGGGAUACGAGGACUGGGCUGUGUCUUUUCUCAUCAGAACUCCUUCAGCUCCCAGCUGAACCCCAAUCAGUACUUUCAGACAGUUUCCUACAAAAUUGAGGAGAUCUCAGCCAGCACGUUGAAAAACAGCCUCCCACCAUCGCCCACGAGCUCUGUACAUCCUGACCUUUACAGCUUCACAGACAAUCACCAGUUCACCAGUAGAAGGAAAUCUGUCUAGAACUACAUUUCCAAUGCUCCUUAAAGGGAUCCAUGAUUAGUUGUAACAUUAGACUUUAUUUGAUAAACAUGAAUUUU